GUAACGGAUCUCGUUCACACUCGCGAGGUUGCUGAGGACCGCCGAGCGCUCAGCAUUCUGGUUUCUUUUUUUUUUUUUUCCUAGCCGUGUCUCUUAUACCUUCAGGCUUUGGUUUCUGUACUAUUAAGUUGUACUAGGGGUUUUUCUUUUGCUAUCUUCUCUUGUCUUGUGUUCUCUUUUACAUUUACGAUUAUUCCUUCCUCUCCCUCCUGCCUCCCUCACCACUUCACACAGACAUUCACGAAUCGCGUUCAAGGACGUGGGGACACGGAGGUGUUCUCUUCUCGCCGCACUUUUGACGACGUUUGAUCUCUGUUUUGUGUCUUCUCAUUUUUUUCCUGGCUGGCUGCUGCCUCCAUGCUGAUUCAUUGAGCUAUAGAACAACGAAAGGUUAUUUCUGUGCAUUGCAGUUUGACGGUGAAGGGAGAAAUAGAGGAAUCGCCGUGUUUUGAAGUCGACUACGCCAUGCAGGUGUUGUAUGGCGCGCCGCUUCCCCCGGGUCUUGUGGCGCCGACACAAGGCGAGCUGCGCCUCCGCGUCGACCAGCUUCUCUUGGACGGCGACGCUAUCAACCACAACCCUCUCGUGCAGCUCUUCGAAACGGAUGCGUCGCUGUUGUCGGCAAGUAGAACUCCUCGCGACGGGGCCGCAGCUGAUGGAGCUGUCUUGUCAGCCGGCGCGGCGCCUGCACCAACACGGAGUCCAAAUCAUUUCGUAGUCCCUGUUGAUUACUGUGCGGUGGGCCCCAUCUUUUGGGGCGAGACGCGCCCCACCGCGCAGGGGCAACCCUCCACCCCACAGGCGCGCCGUGGACCGUUUACGAUGGCCUAUCCGAUCAAAAUAGAGCCGAAGCAGUUCCGCGCCUAUCUGCAGCGUAUGACGGCAUCUCCGCAGGGCGGCGUGCAGCUGGACGUCUUCGUCCCUCCCAGCUACAGCGGACGACCGCCGGUGGUGGUGGGGAAGGCGCGGCUGGCGUUGGAUCGGUUAGAUCCCGGCCAUCCGAUACAAGGGUGGUACCCCGUGUUGCACCGCCGCUCGCGGACAGCAACGUCGACGGGGGAAGAAGGCGCCACAGCCGCAUUAGCUACCUCGGCGGCAGAUGGAGGGGCGGAGUUGAAAGAGAUUCCGAUCGGGAAGGUAAAGGUGAGUGUGUCGAUUGAGUAUUACCCCACCACUCGGCAUGCACCGCACCCACGGCGCGGAGAGGAUGGGCAAAGAGUACCACAGCAGUACUCUGUCAAGCAGCGGCGACAGGUAGAAGUGCCGGGUGACGGUGGCACGAAGGGAACUCUGCCGCAGGCCAAGACGCGGCGCUCCGCGCGACACUCCGGACGCGUUGGAACAAAAGAUGUGUUUUCUUCCUCGUCCUCCGCCUCUACAUCCGUUACCUCGGACGUUGACGUCGGUGUGCACCCGAUCGCGGUGCGCGACAGCCAUCGUCUGCACGUGCGUCGUACAUCACAGCCCGCGUCGAUGCUGGAGCAGGACCUCCCCACCGUGACGCAGAGGCUUUUGAAGCAAGGGCUGCAACUGCGCGCGCAAAUGGAUGCCGCUGCGCGAGGCGUGGACGUUGAUGCAGCAGCUGAUUUUUUCAACGAAGCGUCUACCGCGCUGCACAGCGGCGACGAACACGUGGGAGUCGAAGGUGCCAGCGCAGUGGCAAUUGUUGAGGACAGUGGCGAUGAUCUCGCGGCCGUCGGAGAUGUCGACCCGUACGACAGCACGUACACCUCCGAGGCAAGCCACGAGGAAAACUUCGCCUUGCAGAUGCAGAUCGAUUCAGAGGCGCGCGACAACAGGGCGACACAGCAGCAGCAGAAGCAACCACAAUCGGUGGCUACCCCACAGCAGCAACUGCGGCAGGAUACGCAACCUGUGACAAAGUCCGUCAUCUCCGCGGCGGGCAUCUCAGCAGGAAACGCACCGGCCUCUGUGGAGCUUUGCUUCUCGCACUUCACCUUUGCGCAAACCCCAGCCACGGCCGAUCUCCGCCAGCUGCGCCUCAGCGUGCGGCUUUCCAACGACAUCACGACGAGCGAGCCCACACCUGGGCCUCUGUCCUCUUAUGUGCAUCCGGUGCCCUUUCAACAGCCCUCCAUCUGCCUUCACUUUGAAGUGUGCAGCUUCUCCGGAGAUCGCAGCAGACUUGUCGUGGAGGCCUACAAGGUGGUUGCAGAAACGGAAGUGGAAGGCGAGGCGGACGCGUGGGACAUGCGGGGUCCACGACAGGUAGCCCGCGAGGAGCUGCUCGGCUUAUCGAUUGUGGGCCUGUACCGUCAGUCACGCGAGGUCGUCUUCCGAGACCCGGUGCUGGACAGCUCGAACGUCUUUGCGCAGCUCGACAUUCGCAUGCAUCCGGCUUCGGUCACCGACAACGCGGACACGUCUGUCGGUCCCGCAGUGAGCCCGUGCGUGACUCUCCCCAGCGGCGCCGUCCCGCUCAGAAGCGUUGCCGGCUCGUCUGCUCUGCCGUCCGCCCCACCAAAGCAACAGAGUACGUCGAAGUUACUGGUGCCUCACGUUACAGUGCAACACCAACCUCUCGAGGUCACAGACACUUCAAGGUUGUCGCACACUUCCGCUGUGGCGCUUCAAGGUACGACCUCGCCCCCAACAGCACCGAAGUUGCAGGUUGGCAACUCGCGUCUGUCAACCAGCGAGCGUCGACGUCUGCGUGUGGUCGUGCACAGUGCUGCGGAGCUGCCGCGUGUCGCCCUCGCGCAGCCGGAUGGGCGACCGUCAGCGCGUUACCCGCUGGUGUCCUCCAACCCCCGUGUACUGCCUGAGGCUGGCAGCGCCAGCACGCUGAGCUACACCGAGCCGUCGUCCUUUGUGACUGUCGAAGAGGUUUUUCAAGGCUUACAGAACAGUCUCUCCCAUCUCGAGAGGAAAGGAGAGGAGUUGGCGAAGAGCCGCGCGCACAUGCAGUCCAUGGAGAACUGGUUUGUGGACGAGGCGCGCAGUGGGUACUACGACCGUAGCGUCAUCGUGGAGCACAGCACCAACCCGCAUUACGAUUAUGAAGUGGUCCUUCAAUUGCCGGCGGUGGUGGCGGCGGCGGUGCCGUCAACAGUGGACGAAACUACCUUUUUCGCGGCGCGAAACGCAUCGGCGGUGGAGAGACCGCCCUCUCGCGGCACGGUGGAUGUGCUGGAGGAGCUGCAGUUGAAUGUGUGGCACUCCGACCUCUCCCAGCCGAGUGCACCCUCCACCGUCGUUAAAGCCAACCGUACGAACGUACGGAAGCAAGAAGAGCACUUCUGGUCGUGUGCCGCGUACAUGGGUACGUGUCGCGUGGACCUCCGCCCGCUACGCUACUUGGCGAUGAUCAACGGGUAUUACCGUGUGGUGUGUGAGCGCACGCCGACCAACGCGACCGAUGAGACGGACGCGGACACGGAGGCGAACACGAUCGGAUACGUGCGUGUGAGCGUGUCUCUCAUCUGA